AUGCCUCUGACUUUACCUUUGGUAUCUCAAUCGAUUCUUUUUCCCCAAAUUUCUCAAGAACCCGGUGUUUCUCACAGAUCUUCAAACCAUCCAAUUUCUCGAUCUUCUUCUUUUCCUCAAAUUAACUUUUUCGGCCAAGAUUCAUCAGGGAUUCAGCGUCCUCCAUCGAUUCAGAGUUCUCUGGUUCCUCAAACUUCUUUAGAUUCUCAUCUACCUGUUCCACGACAGUCUUCGAUCGCGAAUGUUCCUUUGGUGGAUUCUGGUAACUCAUCUCUGGGAAAUGGAUUGUUAACUUCGACUGGGAUUCCCAAACCAGCGAAGAGGGUUGUUUACAACAAUGGUGAACCUGGAAUGAAAAAGAGGAUUGUAAAAGGGGAUGAUGAGAAAGGGAAUGGGCAGAAUGUUGAGGUAAACCAGCAGAAAGAGAUCAAUAUUCAAAGUGGAGUGGACCAUGUUGUGAUAAAUGUUGCUGAUAAAGGGAAAGGAAUUGCACAGACUAUGCCAGGAGGAAAUCAGAAACAAGCUUUUAAAAGAAAAGAAGUUGUUCAUAAGCCAGAGACUGGAAAUAGAUUCAGUGCUCUGGCUUUUGAGGAACAGAGUAAUAUUGUGGAAAGUGGAGACAAUUUGAUUGAGCCAGCUGCACAAAUUGGGGGAAAAAGUUGUUUGCAUGAAGUAGAGGAGGAAAUCUUAAAUGUUUCAGGUAGAGAAAAUGUGGAAGUUGAAGGGGUGGAUAAAGUAAAUGAUUUGAUUACAGAAAUGAAUGUUCCUAUUGAAGUUGAUCAGGGUUCUGAAAUGCAGAUGAGAAUGUCAAAAUCAGGGGAAGUUGCUGAAAAUGUUCCUUUAAUUGUGAGGGGGGGUGCAAGACUCUAA